AUGAUAUGUUUAGACUUGCAGCCAUACUGUAUUGUUGAAGAUAAAGGUUUUACCCGACUUUUAAAGAAUUUAGCUCCAAACUAUACAAUACCUAGUCGAAAGUAUUUCUCCACAAAAGUCAUUCCACUGAUGUAUGAAACCAUAAAAGCCAAAGUAAAAUAUGAGCUUGAUCAAGCAGAUUUCUUAAGUUUAACUAGUGAUGGUUGGACCUGUCAGCACACAAUUCAAUCGUAUUACAGUUUAACAGCUAGAUUUGUAACGCAUGAGUUUACAGUUAAACAUGUCAUCUUACAAGUUACACACUUCCCUGAGUCGCACACAGGGCACAAUAUAAGUAAAUUCAUAAAUGAAGCGCUACAAUCAUGGGAAAUUCCCCAUGAAAAAAUUCAUGCAGUUUUAAGUGAUAAUGCAGCCAAUGUAAUGGCUGUCAUUAAAGAGUCAAAUUUAGGCGAUAAACAUCUUCCAUGUCUGAUACAUACUUUACAACUUUGUAUUCAGAAAAAGAUUUUUAGAGAACAAAGAACAGCAAGUGAUACAAUAGCUGUUUUUCGAGCAUUAGCAGGACAUUUCCACCACUCAUCUAGUGCUGUGGCUAAACUAAAGGAAAUUCAAAGUCAACUAAAAUUGCCAGAGCAUAACAUAAUUCAAGAUGUUUCCACAAGAUGGAAUUCGACAUACUAUAUGCUUGAAAGGUUCAUUGAGCAGAAAAAAGCUAUUACAUUGUAUUGCAUUACCAGAAAUCAAGCAAAUGCAAAAAAUCCUACGGAAAAUCAAUGGCAACUUGCUGAAAUGCUUGUAUGCAUAUUAAAACACUUCGAAAGUACUACAAAAGACAUGAGUAAAGAAACGGUAUGUAUAUCAGAGAUUAUACCGUUUAUCUAUGCAAUGGAAAAGUUUCUAGACUACGCUUGUGACACGGCAACUGAAAUAAAAACUGUUGUUGAUGAACUUAAGAAAGAUUUUAACUGUCGUUUUCAAAAAUACAAGGAUAAUGUUGAUUUAAAAAUCGCGAUGAUGCUUGAUCCUCGUUUCAAGUUAAAGUUUGUUGAAGACAAGAAUCAUAAUAUGUUUAAAGAAAUACUCCAUUUAGAGUUCUACCGUUUUUGUUCCAAAUCUCAUUUAGAACAAGUAAAAGAAAUUGAAUUUGGUGUAGCAAGAGGUAGUGGAUCAGACUCAGAAGAAUCAUUAAGUUCAUUUUCAGAAUCUAAAAUUCAUGAGUCCGACUCAGAUUUUGAUGGCCAUGGCUCUCCAUUAAAAAAAAAAAACUAAUGAGCAUGGACAUAUAUAGCUUGUUCCACCAAAUCGGUGCAAAUGAGUAUGCUCUACAAAAUUUAGAAAAUUCUGACGGACGGAGAAAAAAGAAAAAAAACACUAGUUCAAUGGGAAAAACUCUAACUGUCAAAGAAAAAUGCACCGAUGAAGUCAACUUCUACUUGAGCCUUCCAAUACUGCCAAAGAAUGAAUGCCCUUAUAAGUGGUGGAGUGCAUACCGUUACACUUCCUCUGAUAAAGAUACUUACAAGUUGAAUUUGUCAAAGUUUUCAAAGAAAGUUUUGUGCGCGCCUCCUUCAUCUGUAAAAAGUAAACGUUUAUUUAGCACAUCUGGAAACAUAUUUGAAGCAAAAA